GUUGGAGGGGAGGAGGGUUGCUUACAUGUGAUGAGGGGAGAGAGCCCCACGCAGCCUGUGCUGUGCAGACGGAAUGUCAAGAGUAGUGGCGCUGCUUGGUGCCUGGCCGUGACCCUUCUCUGCUUGACCUCUCUGGCUGGUUGGACUGUUCCGUGUUGUGUGUAACGCUGUGUCUUGUUGGUUUGUUCUGUUUGUGUGUUUUCUGUUGGGCGUGUGGCUCUGGCUCUGGCCCUGGCAAUGCCCUGGUGUUGCAUUGCGACCGGCUGAAGGUUGGAUGACUGCUGCUAGACUCGCCGGCAGAUGGGCUGGGAGGGGUAGGGAGGAGACCUGGGCGAGAAACCUGGGAGUGCUAAAAUAGACUGCUGCUGGCAUUUAAGCGUUUCCUUGGGGGUUACAGGCUCCUCCCCUGCCCCACUCUUGACUCACUCACCUGCUCUUCUCACCUCUCACGCUCCCUCCGUCAAUCCCUCCCUCCCUUGCUACCUGCUCUACCCUGUCCUUCCAUCCACCCACAUCUCAGUUCCCUCCCUCUGAUGCUGCCUUUACUCCAUUUUUCUUUGGGAAUUUGGUUUCUUAAAGCGAGCUUACCCGAAGUUCAGCAGCCAGCAUCCUCAGAGCAUGGCGCCUCAGCCAUUCACCACCACUAUGUAGUGCCUGGGAUUUUAAUUCAUACUGGGAUCCCUUGUACACUGGAUUGUCAGUUUGGAGCUAUUUGUUGUGCAUCUUGGGGAUGCAGAAGCACACUUGCUCAUCGCCUUCCAUGUCCGAUCAGUUUGCCUCGAUACACUAGCUCGGCGCUGCCCUGCUCUGCUCUGUGGUGUUUCAAGUUCGGACCGUUGGCGCUUUUAGGGGCGUGCCAGCAGUCGUUCGUUUCCCGCCUUUGGCACCAUGUCUAUUCACGUCCGCGUCGCGGCGUGCUCGCGAGUGGCCGAGGGUCAGCGCCACGCACUCCGUUCCACGGAUGCGUCCCGCAGCACUGUGCAUGCGAGCCUCGCGGUCGCACACCGGUUGAAUCGCAUCGUAGGCGGAAGGGCAAUCCAUAGCAGCAGCAGCAGCAGCAGCUUUAGAAAUGCGGGCGGGAGCGGCUGCAGCGGAGCGGGCCUCUCAGCGGCCGCCACGUGGCCUGGGUCACAACAUCCUCCAGCUGCCCGCUUCGGAUCAUCUUCACCUGUUCGCUCCGAAGGCACGCGCAGGCAUGAUCGAUUGCCGCUGCAGCGAGCAGUCUCGGUGCGUCGUGCGUCGCUUCCGUCAGGGGAACGGCUUACAGCCAGGCCUUCAAUCCGAAUCACCUGUGGCUUCAGCAGCGGCAGGAGUGGCAUAGGGAAGAACCCAAGCCCCGGCAACAAGCCAGGCAAACGCCCAUCUUCCUCCUCCCCAGCUCCCUCCCCCACUUCCCCCUCCUCCUCCGCCGCCUCCUCCUCUCCACUCAAUCCCCUUCAGCAAGUCCUAGCCAGCGUCUCGCAACAAGCCCAGGCAGUCCUCCCUCCCCCAGUCACAGCCUUCCCCUGGGCGUCCCUCCUCUCGUCUGUCCUUGCGCGCAUGCACGCCCUUCUCUCUCUAUCCUUCUCGCUCCUCCUUCUGCCGUACCUCCUCUCAUCAUCCCUAGGCGAGCUCGCCUUUGCUCUCAGGCAGGGUCAGGUGCUGCUGGCGGGGACAGCGGCGGUAGCAGCCAGUGUGGGGUGCUAUUGGGUGGCGGAGGAGGCCGGGAAGGAGCAGGGCGUGCUGGUGAAGAGGGGAGGGGCUGUUGGCCGGGCUCUUGCGCUUGUGGCUCGGGACUCCACCAAUUUACUGAUGCUCAUUGCUGUCGUUUGUGCGCUCCUCAAGGCCUCAGCACCCACCCUUCCUUUCUUCGUGUCAUCGUACCAUUUCUUGCUAAUGGUAGUUUGGCUGCCGUUUUCGUGCGGUUAGUUUUGCGGCGUGCAGAAGUCAGCUUUUAGGUGUUCCUUACGUUAUGACUCAACUGUAGAAUAGAAACGCUUGAUGAGCAUAGCGCAUUUCCCUUCUCAGACUAACUGGGUAUAAGGUUUCUAGCUUCAAUUGGGUCACAUUAUCAGAGGGACUUGCUUAAAGCCCCAAGCUAGAAUAGCAAAACCACAUUCAGGUAUCAAAUAUAUGUAUAACUCAUAU